UUCUUGUUCAGCCGCCAUGUUGGUUCUUGGAGGGUUGCGACUUGUUGCUCGUAAUCAUGUUCAGCCAGUAGUUGGCUUGGCUGUUGUUGGACAGCGAAAACUGAGUUAUUUACCUAAGAAGGGUACAGGGGGAAGAGCUUCAUUCAAUGGAGUUUCAGCGACCGUGUUUGGCUCCACUGGUUUUAUUGGUCGAUAUGUGGUUAACAGACUUUGUCGUGCGGGUACACAGCUAACAGUGCCUUAUAGAGGAGACCCACAUGAUGUCAGACAUAUACGUCUAAUGGGGGAACUUGGRCAGAUUAACUUCUUUGAUUACCACCUAAAAGACCAAGAGUCUGUAGCCAAGAUGGUGAAGUACUCUAAUGUUGUGGUGAAUUUGAUAGGGAAGGACUUUGAAACAAGGAAUUUUAGUUUUGAUGAUGCUYUGAUUGAUGGACCAAGAUCAAUUGCUAAAGCAGCUAAARAAGCUGGUGUACAAAGACUGAUUCAUGUCUCAGCUCUCAAUGCUGAUUUGGASAGCCCUUCAAAGUUUCUACGUAGUAAGGCUUUGGGUGAGAUGGCAGUGCUAGAAGAGUUUCCUAAUGCCACCAUACUAAGACCAGGGACUGUGUUUGGUCACGAGGACAAGUUUCUCAAUUUUUAUGCAUAUCUAAGGAACCUGCCAUUUGGUAUUCCCUUGAUAGAUGGAGGGAUGAAGACUACAAAGAUGCCAGUCCAUGUUGUAGAUGUUGCUCAAGCUGUCUUGGAGGCCAUCAAGGAUGAAAGCAGUGCUGGCAAAACAUAUGAACUAGUAGGACCUAGAGAGUACUACCUGAACGAUAUUGUAGACUACAUCUAUCGUAUCAUGAGAACUAAUUAUCGUCACUACAAAGUACCAAGAAAGCUUUAUGAAACUGUUGCUUAUUUAAUGGAAUGGUCUAUYUUUGAUCCAAGACUGACACGAGACAUGCUUUGCAGGCAAUAUCUCUCUGACAAGCUCACAUCAGGUAAUCCAGGCCUAGAAGACCUUGGAAUAAACCCAACACCUCUAGAAGCUGAAGCAAUCGCUGUACUGCGUAGACAUAGAGCUCCUUCUUUCUACGAAGAAGCCAUUGAUGAAGAUGAGACCUGCAGACCAACCAGUUCAUAUUGAUAAUUCAAUGUUAAAAAGUCGUGUAUGGAAUAUAUUGUAAAUAAAAAGCUCUUCCCACUAUA